ACUGUUGUCAGCUGGAGCUCUCACACACUCACACACAAGCGCUCAGGCCGUCCAGCAGGCGAGGAAACACAGGUAUCAUGACCCUGCUCCAGGACAACCUCCACUCUGAAUCCUCCAACAACAGACGCCUUGUCCACCACUGAGACGUCAAGGCUACCUCUUGAAAAACACCAUGAGGAAUCUCUGAGGAAGUGUUUUAUUUUCUUUUUUCAACCUCGCCACAUUUGAAUUGUCCUCAAACCUCAGGGAUUGUAACAGGAACAUGAGUGUGAAGAGGAAAAAGGCCGGGCUGGUCAUCAGCUGGCAGAAGUCAUUCUCCAUCCUGGCUCCUUGGAGGAAAGGAAAAGGAGACAGAGAUACAGUACUGGACAGCGAGGUUGUCCUGACCAAAAUGAAGCUCUUCAGCAACUUCCAGGAGAGGUUCCUGAUGGCCGAAGACGACGCGUCCACCAUCUCUACCGUGUCUGUUACGGAGCAGGACAUUUCGGACCCCACCAAAGCCUCUGAGGUGAAUUCCCAUCUCGAUGACAAGUCCAGACAGCCUCGGAUGGAGUCCGACUCCGACUACCUGUCUGCCAUUUUCUUACACUCUCAGCUGCCGAGGUUGUACAAGUUUGAGUCGGAGGACUCAGGAGUGGAGCUGACAAGUGGAGCUAACUCUCCGUCCACCCCGACAGGCUCUGAGCAGAGCUUCAUGGUCCACAGUCGAGAGUCCUCCUGCAACACCUGCAACCUAAACUCUGACCCUACCACUCUCCCUGAUAAACUAGUCACAUAUGCACAGACCUCAGAGAUUAAACAGGCAGAGGACUCAGUAGAUAAUAGUCCGGCCACAGCAGUGGAUACUCAGGAUAAUGUGUUCGUGCACUCAGAGGAACUCAGUUCAGCUGCGAGAGUGGAACUGCACAUAGAUGAGGACGUGGAUAGAGACCAGUGUAGGGCUUCAGGAAUCAGCCCUGAAAGACAUGAGGAGAUGAUGUCUGGACAGCUCAAGGAGAACAGUGCUGUAAGUGAAAGGACCUGCUUAGAGGAUACGAGGCCUGGGAAGCAAACCUCAACAGGAGCCUGCGAUGACGUGACGGCCACUGACUUUCAGCCAGAGCCUAUAAGGAGGAGUGCCACCAGUGACAGCCUGAGGGAGUACAUGGAUGAAUGCUGCAGACUUAGUGAGGCACAGCAGAGGUCCAACCCUCUGGGUUCAGGCCUGGGUUACCUGGAGCACAUCUGCCAACUCAUCGAGAAGAUUGGCCAGCUGCAGGAGACCAACCUCCAGCUGCAGAGGCACAUCUGCAGCCUGCAGAAGGACGACAGGAUGACAAAGACCAAAGAGGACUUUUUCCAGCAGCACUGCAGCUGUGGAGCAGCCAGCCUGGCCUUCCACGACGUCCACAAGAGACACUUCAGGAGUGAGUGUCUGUCCCCCAGUGGAACCCUCUCUGACCUGUCCACCAUCCACGAGGUCACCCGGCAUCCACUCAUAUCAGCCAGGAGAGACGUGAGCGCUGAGGGUUUGACUCCCGUCCCUCUGUGGAGGAAAGGCUUGAACCGAAGGAGUUACACUGAGGGGGAGGCCCGCUUCCUCGGGGACAGCACGGAAGGACUCACCUCCCCCCAGCGCAUGCUGAGUGAAAACUGUACAUGGGGCCGAGUCAAAGACCUGGUGAGGAAAUCUAAGCUGAGGAACCAAAGCAGGCUGGGACUGACUUCCACCUCACUGAAGAUGUCCUGCCCACAGCUCUACAUGCCUGAUCUGGAACCAGGAGAACCUGCUGCAAGAAACAGGAAUUCCAUGAUUGUCUUGGGCCACCAGAGCAAAUUGGACUUCCCGUGGCUACAAUAAACAUCCAGUUCCUCAGAUCCAGUUGGUCUCACGUGGGGAAGAGGAGGACACCGUGACGAUGAUGAGAUGAUUGAAGACGAAAAAUUAGGGAAUUAGGAAGAGCGAGAACAAUGGUGGAAAAGGAAAGGACUCGGAGGAGGCAGCUGGUGCUGCAUGAAAGGGAGAAUGAGAGGAAUUAUGUGAAACUCAUUAACUGUAUAUUGCAGGGUACAUGGGAAAUAUAGGCGAUGUUCUCCUGAAAUUAACAAAAUAAGAUUACUAUAUGUCCAAAAUGAUCUCCACUGUGACAUAAUUAACUGCAUUACUUUCUCUGUUGAUACUAUUUACACUCCUAUAGGUUUCCAUUAGGAUGCUGCAACCUUUGUAACAAUCCAACUAAUGUGAAACAUACACAUAUUUCACAACUUUCCAUUUUAUAUGAUGUUGUAAAUGUGUUAUAGACAAAUCACACAUCGCUUUGUAUAGUGUGUGUGUGAUGUUGCAUAACCAGUGUGCAUUCAGAUAUAAUGUUUAUGAAGAGUGCAGGAGAAAAACCCUGCAGAGUUCCUGAUGAUAGGAGGUUGUGGAGAAACAUCUCUCUCUCAAUAUAACUAGAAAAUAUAUACACAGUACUGUGUCAAACUCAUGCUUUUGCGUCUAAGUGACUGAUGGGAACAACAAUCUUUGACAUUGGUCCAGUAUUAAGCGAGAUCUCUGCAGUCUGCAGCAGAGAAACAAGAUACAAUGUA